AUAAUGAAAAUAUUGUUACUCUUUGCAUUUUUUAUAUUUGUUAAAGCUGAAUGCUGUAAGUAUGAUGUUAUUACAUUAUAGACUAUUAUCAAUAUGGAAUUUAACGGUAUUGUGAUGAAUGUUGUUAUUGGUAUGAUGGUGAUUGGUAUUGUGAAACCUAUUAAUAUUGUUACACUUAUAUUGCUAUAACACUUUCAAUAUGGAUUGCUAUAUGUUUAAUCUACAUAAGUCUUUAUUUUUAUUUUCGAAAUAAAACUAUGCAAAGAAUAGCAUUGAUCCAUAAUAGAGCAGCUAAUGCCUAAAGAGAAAAUAGUGUUAUUAAUUCUUAAAAAAGAAAUGAAAUAUCAAAUAAAAAUAUUGAAGUAGCUAUGAUGGAUGUUCAAAUAUCGAAUGAUUAAUUAUGA